AUGAUCUCCACUAAAACAAUGAUGAAGAAUGAGUUUAUAAAGGCUAGUGGUUUGCAAUAUGAAGAUUGCGACAUGGAUGUGGAAAACGACGACGGAUCGAGUGUUGCUGGUAGCAAUGAAACGAAGGGAGAAAGUGAAUCUAUUAAUGAUGCUGGAGAGGAGGAAAACGAUGGAGGAAUGGCAAGCACUUCAGGGAAUAAUUUAUUUCGUACACAAGUAUUUGCUACCCAACGGCACAAACCAAAUCGGGAGGCGAAAAUUCUGGAAACAUCCAUUGCUAAUUUGAAGAAAAAACUGCAAACGCAAAGUCAAACAAGUUUCUCAGCUUCUACUACUCACUCUCGUUUGAAGAGAACAUCUGCAGACACAGGAUUUUCAUCAGUACGAGAAAUAGAAGAUCUGUCUCAGGUUACCAGUUGUACAGCUUUACGAAUUGCUAACGAAGGACGCCCGUUAGAAGUUAAAAAUUGUUCGAAGGACAGCUUUGAUGAAGAUGGCCAAACAGCUGUUGAAAGGAGUUUGGCUGCAAUGACAAAGUCGAAAUACAGUACUUCAUCACGGAAUCCGUUUAACAGUGGUGUAGAUGACAAUGAUGAUGAUGAUGAUAAUGAAGGAUCCAAAAACGAUGCAUUUCUAGAUAGAAUUUUUGGAGAGGGUAGAGCAGAUAAUAAUGGUUCAAAGAAUUCCGACCUUUAUGAUAUUAAUGAAGCAGUUGAGACAUCGAAUCCGGGUGCUUACAUUUCCAGCGAUAUGACAUUAUCUGCAGCAUUACGAAGAAAACGCCAACGUCGAAAUCCCGUAUGGCCGUAUUUUAUAGUGAAGGAUGGGAUGGCAACAUGCAAGCAUUGUAACUAUUGCACGAAAUCAGUGUUUAGCACAAAUCUGAAAGUGCACCUAAGGACACAUCAUCAUGAUCUCUUUGAAGAAGUCCUGAAAGCAGAGGAAGAACAACAGGAACAAAUCUCGUUGCAGAAUUCUCUCUUGGCUACCUGUGCGACAACAAUAGCAAUAGCGAAAACCCCCUAUAUGCAUCACGUAACAACUACUGCCCUACCGGCAGUUGGAAGAUGUAGCAAUAGUGGUAAUAAUACUGCUAAUAGUAAUAUUAGCAAUAAUACACUUUCAAGUACGGGAUCUAAUCUAAGCAGUGCUGCAGUUCUGUUGGGCAUAUUGAAUCAGACCGGUGGCUUUCAAAGUGGUUCGGUGGUUACUACCACCACUACCACUACCGCUAAUAUAACUACAAUAAGUAAUAGAACUCGCACACUACCUACUACAUCUCGGAGCAUUUUGGAUUCCUCCAAAGCAUUUUCGGAACCACAGCUUCCACUGGAUUAUCUAAAAAUCACACCAGAUCUCACGAAGAGUUUGCCUGACUUCUUGAAAGUUAUCUCAGAGACUUCAGUAAAAUCUGUUGCAAACGCACCAUUAAAUCAGACAAAGGCGCUUGUUACUGGUGACAAUGAAAGAUUGAAAACACUCAACAAAAUAUCACAGAAUUCACCAUCAUCUUAUAAUAUAACUUAUGCAAGUGGGAGGACUGACAAAGUUACUUCCCCAAUGGGCAGCCAAUCAGCAAUUGUUUUAAAGCGGCGGCGUUUGCGAAGACAUCCUGUAUGGCGUUUUUUUAAGGAUGUCGGUGACGGUAGUAAAACUGUGAAAUGUGUUAAUUGCCCAUUCAGCACCUCAUCGCCAUUCAGUACAAAUUUGAAAAUGCAUCUGAAAGCACACCACAAAAGUGAUUAUCGACUGAUUUUAAUACUGGAAUCACGCCAACGUUUGGAAGAAGGAAUCAGCCCUAUCCCAGAAUCGGUUCAGACACCUUCAUCUACCUUAAAAAAAAGCAGCAGCGAAGAUACAAAUAUCAGUAGUGCGGAAGAAGAACAAGCAGAAGAGAAGAAAAGAUCCUUGAGUACAGGGGCUUUUGAGGAUGAAAGUUUUACAUCCAUGACUAAUACGGAACGUGUCAAAGCGAUGAUAGAGAUGGCAGCAGCAAAUCAAACGCAAUCGUUGGAUUUACAGUAUCCAAAUAUUGAUUACGCUGCGAUUGGUAACACAAAUAGAACCGUUAGUUUUGGUUCUGAUGAAACGUCAAGUUUAGUCGACACCAAUUUGCUGAUGCGUCUUGGUCUCGCAAAGUCGGAUAUGGUAGCAUCAAAACCACCAUUACAAAAUAAAUUUCUAAAUGCUCAAUCCGUGGUCAGUGGAAGCACCGUCCGCAAUCAUCUGGUGAAUGCACAUAUUUCAUCUGCCUUGGAUACAACGAAAUCCGUUAGGACAAUAAGUAAAAGACUGCCGACUGGUGAAGUAGUGAAGGUGCGCCAAACACGUAAAAGUGUUGAAAAUCCAGUGAGUAACAUAACUGCCACUACCUCUGCUGCAGCAACUGCCACUAUUAAUACUACAAAACCAAUUGUACCAUCUCGUGACCUAGCAGCCACAAGCACCACCGAUGAACAACUUAAUUCUGUCAAGUCAGCGAGAGAUAUUGCUCUCGCGAAGUUUUUAAUUAAAGCAAAUGCGUUCCAGUUACUUGAACUACCUGAGUUUAAGCAGUUUGUGGACGUGCUGGAUCCCACUUACCAAAUACCUCAGAGUGGUUAUUUGAAACGAUUACUGGAAUCUAAAACGGGUACUCAUGAUCUAUCACCAGAGCAUCAACUUGAUAUAGUUCAGGAACAAGGAGAAUAG